ACCACGUGAAAAAUCGAUAAAUGGGUAUACAGUGACAGCCUUUGAAUUGCUGACGUGACCCCGCGAAAGCAAAACACACGUACUGUACACGAACGCCGCACCGCGCCGGUUCUGAUGCAUGAACUUUGUACCGGUUGUCCUUCAUUCCUCCGCAUUUCCACUGCACGUUCUAGAUUCUAAACCGUAAAAAAACAUAAAAAUGGCUGGUUCUCUUGCAAAGAUUGGUCGUGCUUUUGUUGCAGCAACCAGGACUGAUUCUCCGCGAUGUGUCCAGUCUGGUGUCGCCCUUAGUUCCACCCAGGAAAGAAACUACUCUGAUAGGAAGCGUAUCGAGGUAGCCAAACCAGUGGUGGAACUCGAUGGAGAUGAGAUGACAAGAGUUAUCUGGGAGAAGAUCAAGGAAACGUUGAUCUUCCCCUACCUGAACGUUGAAUGUUUAUACUAUGACCUGGGUCUUCCUUACCGUGACCAAACCAACGACCAAGUCACCGUCGAUGCUGCCGUGGCCAUCAAGGAACACAACGUUGGAAUCAAGUGUGCUACCAUCACCCCAGACGAAGAACGUGUAGUGGAAUUCAACCUGAAGGAGAUGUGGAAGUCCCCCAACGGAACGUUGAGGAACAUCCUUGGAGGAACAGUAUUCCGUGAGCCCAUCCUCUGCGACACCAUCCCUCGUCUGGUUCCAGGCUGGACCAAGGCCAUCACCAUCGGCCGUCAUGCUUUCGGUGACCAGUACCGUGCAACAGACAUGGUGAUCAAGGAACCAGGCAAGUUUGAGUUGGUCUUCAGCCCUGCCAGCGGAGCAGAGCCAACAAGGACAGAAGUCUUCAACUUCCCAGGAGGUGGAUGUGGCAUGGCCAUGUACAACACAGACGAGUCCAUCACAGGGUUUGCACACAGCUGUUUCCAGUAUGCUCUAGCCAAGAAGUGGCCUCUCUACCUGAGCACAAAGAACACCAUCCUCAAGAGAUACGAUGGAAGAUUCAAGGAUAUCUUUGAGGAGAUUUUUGUAGCAAACUACAAGAAGGAUUAUGAUUCAGCUGGCAUCUGGUAUGAGCAUCGUCUCAUCGAUGAUAUGGUAGCUCAGGCUCUUAAGUCCAGUGGAGAGUUUGUGUGGGCCUGCAAGAACUACGAUGGUGACGUCCAGUCUGAUAUCGUUGCUCAAGGUUACGGAUCUCUAGGAUUGAUGACCAGUGUGCUAAUGUGCCCAGAUGGCAAGACCAUUGAGUCAGAGGCAGCUCAUGGAACAGUAACAAGGCAUUUCAGAGAGCACCAGAAGGGCAACGCAACCAGCACCAACCCCAUCGCCAGUAUAUUUGCCUGGACCCGCGGUCUGGAGCACAGGGCCAAGCUGGACAAUAACCCUGACCUGAAGCACUUCUGUACCACCCUGGAGAAGGUCUGUGUGGACACCGUUGACUCUGGCAUGAUGACCAAGGACUUGGCUGGUUGUAUCCAUGGGCUCAAGAACGUGAAACCAGAGCACUACCUGAACACCAUGGACUUCCUCAAUGCCAUCUCUGUGAACCUGGACAAAGCUCUGAAGUAAAGAUAAAAACAUAAACCAACCCAAACAAAGCAUGAACCAUCUUCUGUAUGGAUCUCUUCAUCCCAACAGAAAUAUACAUCACCUAAACCGAGCAGCGUGUGUCUUUGUUGCCAAUUGAACUAGUGCCUCGGAUUCACAAAUGAAAUAUUAAACAGAAGUCAUAUCACAGAAUCUAACAUUCUCACACAGAAGAGGAAUGCUCUUUGACAAUGAACUGCAGUGACAAGGCUGUAUUGAUGAGAUUUAUUUUUUGUGCUUGGAAUAUGUUUGCAAGGGAGAUUUUAUGUUCUAUGUUUAUGUGGCGAGAUAGGGAUCAUAGAUUUAUCAUCAGGGAUGGACUCGGGAUAGGGAUGGGGAGAGCUAUUAAGGUAAUAUCAAACAAUUCUUAUUCCAUUUACUGAAAUCAUUGAGGAUUUAAUUGAAGUGAUUCUCUAUUAUUUUUUUAACUUUAUCUCUUGAGUAUUGGAAUGGAGAGAUGCAAUUUUGCCAAAGAUGAUAAAAGUUCAGGUUAUACUGUAUACUCUCUAAAACCCAUAUUAUAACAGAGAACAAUGAUAGAGAAUUUCAAUCAUUUCAAUCAUUCGUUCAUAAUGAUCAAUAUGUGGUGUAUAUUCAGUAGACUCCUGUUUUUCUUUUAACGACCUCAACUUAAAAAUCCCUUAACAUUCUUUUUUUUCCUAAAAAAUAUUGAAAUAUUUAUUUAAUUUUAAAAUUAUUUAAUUUUUCACUUGAAGUGUGAUUUGUGUUUGUUAUUGCAGUGGUAUAUAUUUAUAGUCAAGUGCAGGCCAGCUAAGGACAGGUAUAAGAGUGUUUUUGUUUUUCUUUGUGCAAACUGUUAAUAAAUUAUAUUACUCCAAUUAUGUAUUGGAGAUUUCAUCUUGAAGAAAUAUGGAAGGUCACAAAUGUAGCAAUACAUCACAUGAGUAUUCAGGGAUUCAAGACUUAAAAAUAUAGAUUGUGAUAUAUUUGUUAGAUACUGAUGUUUCUAUGAGAAGCUGUAUCAGUGUGUUUAUUGAGAUGAAAGAAAUAUUUAACAACAGUGUAACUGGCAAAUGAUUACCUCCUUGUGUCAUUAAACUUAAUAGGUUUUAUUGUAUUAACUGAUUCUCAACAUUUUCUAUAUGUGAUUAGGUAAACCUUAACAAUUUUACACAUGAAUACUAGUUGUUCUGUAGACUUUAUACAUUUGCAUAAUUAUACAUUAGAAUAAUCGUUAUGAACAGCUAUGCUGUAUAAAUAUGAGGUUAACUGCUGGAUCAUGUGAUGAAAUUGACUGAAUAUUAGACAGCAGAUUUGAGACUAUCCUUGGAAUAGCAAUAUGUUUGGGAUCUUAGUGGCAUCAGAUUUGUGCUAUGUGCUAUGUGGUUCUCUCUCUCUCUCUCUCUCUCUCUCUCUCUCUCUCUCUCUCUCUCUCUCUCUCUCUCUCUCUCUCUCUUAUUCCCUCCAGGGUAUGUGAAAUAGAAGAAUAUUCCAAUGUUAUCAACCAAAGGGAAUGUUGUGUUUUGUUUUGUUAGUUGUACCACCUUGAUCGCCACUGUAUUAGAUAGGAAAUUGAGGAGGAAGCUUUAUGUUUCAGCAUCCCUUGAUGGAAUGAUCUUGGAGAUGUAUGGCCUCGUGUGUAGCACAAUAAAAUAAACCACCAACCACUA